AGCAUCAGCUCCAUUUUAGCGCCUUUUGAAUGGAUAAGCACAUGGGCCGGCGAUGGACGGGCUGUCAAGAUUGCUGGUCUGGUCAGUGACUGUGUUGCUCUCGCCGUCGCCAUUCCCCAUGGCGUCGCCGUACCGCGUGCUAAUGUGUGCUGUUUUCCAAUUUGACCAUGGAUGGAGCACUUGGACUGCGCUGAAUCAGGACCUGAUGGGUGCAGAGAGGCUUUCUACCAACCUGGAAGUGAUGCUUUCCAUGUUCGUGCGCCUCGACAUAGGUUGAGAUUGACUCCGAUUUCUCACUGGUCAGAAGCUUUCCUCACCUCGAAGCGUCGCGGCGCAGUCCUUGCAACCGAUCGUACUUACCGCCGUCAAUACCCUCCCCUCGCAUCGAACUGCCUCUUGUCACACGACCCACCUUUACCUCCCUCAACCGUAAUCCUCCCAGCCCCUCGACUGUCCGACUGAAGAGCGAAGCGCUGAAGCGGGUCUAGCGCGCCAUUCGAAACCACCCCUCAUCUCGUCAUCAGUCAGCAGAUCUGCCUUAGGAAGACCUUGUCCUCUCAGAGCUUGCUACCGUCCAUCACUGCGAAGUGCUCC